UUUAAUUUUCUCUCCUUAGUAACGCCUUGACAUUUAGGUUUUGCUUGUAAACAAAAACUGCCAAACCUGUAUGAUUUUGCGGUAUGGAAAUAUAUAAGCAAUUUAAACAAAAUGGGUAUUUCACAGCGGAUCUCUAUCAUUUAUUGUUUAAGAAGAAGAUUGUGGACACAGAGCAAGUGAUAAUCCCAUCGGAAUAUGCAGGGGAAAUGAAACUUAGUACCCAAGAACGAUUGCGAACCCUUCACAAAGUAGAAGUGGACAACAUAGUGAGCGCGGGAGCUAAACACAACCCAGCCAGUGUGAUCUUAGAGUUCACGCCGAAGCUUCUCGUGUUUCAGAACUUUAAGCUAAAUGAGAAAAUCACUGCGAAGUUUACCGUUACGAAUGUUAGCACGGCAUCCACACACCUGAUCAUGAUAUACAAGGAGUCUUCAUUGAUCUCCGUGAAGCUGGCAGGCGGGAAGCUGCUAUCGCGGCUGGCGCCCGGCAUCAGCGUGACCUUCAAUGUCGUCUUCCGACCCGACACGCUCACGGACUUUGCGCACAAGGUCACAUUUACCACCGAUAAGGACCAGUAUGUGUUGCCUAUUUUUGCUGUGGGUCCUAGGCCUUGGUUUGACUUCCCUGAUGAGAUUAUCAUACAAGCAGCGCCGUUAAAAGUCGAAAAUCAUGUCAAUGUGUUAGUGCAAAAUAUUGGUUUAUCGUCAGCUGGCUUCAAGUUGGACACUAAAUGUCCAUUUUCACUUCAACCAAAAUCAGUCUAUUUGAAGCCAAACGAAAAAGUUGAUAUAAAAGCAAUUGUUAAAACAAUGCGCCAAGGACACAUAGAAGGCACGCUAUUCGCACUGUUUGAAACCGGCGAAAUAUUUAAAAUAAGACUUAUCGGAUCAACGUUUCUGGUGAGCGUUCAACUUGAGAAACAGGUUGUCAGGUUUCUGGACACGUACAAGACGAUGGCGCGCCAGCAAACCUUCAAGAUUACCAACACAUCUGAACACCUUCUCACCUACAUGUGUAUGAAAAAUGAAGAUGUCACAAACGAUUUCGACGAGAAAUUGAAACUAGCACAUGUACUUUACGAAUUUAAAAGAAGCGAAUCAGCGAAGUGCCAGAAACUCGUAUACUACGAUGUUCUGAACAGUGACGAACACGCCCGUGUGUAUACUCGGAUAUUCUUUGACCAGAUACAUUCGCUCGUAGCCGAUGAAUCAUUACGUUUCCAGGACACCCAUUUUUCUAUUACACCCAUUGAAGGUAAACUAUGGCCAAAUAACUCGACAGAACUGACGAUAACUUUCAACCCUCAAGAAAUAGGAGAGUUUAAAGCCGUGGUUUAUUUGGACAUAGACGGCAUACUGGACCGCAUGCCGCUUACUAUGGUCGGGACGUCUCUGCCUCCGGAUAUUGUUCUCAAUUUGGAAACCUUGGACAUGGAUCGUGUUUAUAUAAAUAAGAAGUACAAUUUCGAAGUACUUGCGAUAAAUAAAGGUCACAUAAACGGUGUGGUAGUAUACCAGGACACGCCGACACUGUUCGGCAGCCGCAUUACGUGCUCGCCCGCCCUGCGCUGCCUGCGUCCCGGCGAGCGCGCCAUCUUUGUCGUCUCCUUCACCAACUCCAACCAGGGACCGUACUUUGAGGAAGUCAACUUCCUCAUACGUGACACUGAGGUGGUGUUGAAAUUAUAUUUGAAGGGAGAAGUGAUAUACCCUUCGGUAAGGUUUAGUAUACCAAGUUUGGACUUUGGGACUGUCAGCCUUGGAGUACCGAAAACCUUAGAAUUUGAUGUUAUUAAUGACUCAGUUGUGAAUGUGAGUGCAUCGGUAAAAAUUUCAUCUGAUGGUCCGGAAGUGAGCAGUAUCAUGUUGGUCGACUACGCUUUGGCGAAAAUGCCAAAGCCGGAAAUUCCACAAUGGCCGAAAGAGUUUGACAUACAACCAGAAAAAAUUAAUUUGGGGCCUGAAUCCAGAUUAUCCCUGAGAGUUACGUUAACUCCAAAUUUGAUACGAGCAAAUCAGACAUCUCUCGAAUUGGAGCUAGAGAAAUCGGACAGCCCUCCAAUUAUUUUACCAGUGACUUUCGACGCGAGGGUUCCCGAGAUCACUCCCGCUCCAGAGAUAAACCAGCGAGCAUGUUUCUUAGAUUUUCCUUAUCAAUAUGAAAUACAAAUUCAAGCGAAUGAGAUAAAAGGAUACUACACUCUUAUAGAACAGGAAGAAGAGACGACGUUACAGGUUAUAGUCGGUAAUAAAGAAGGAUUUAUAGAGCCUAAUGGUAUUAUUACCUUUCCAGUUACUUUAAGAACAUGCGCUCUUGGUGUUCAAGAGUAUGUGAUCAGGAUACGUCUGUUCGGAAUGUCACAGCCCGUGGACAUAUGCCACGUGACAGAAUGCGGAAUCCGACCGAUCGUCACGUGCACUCCUCUGGCUCUGCACUGGGGCCAGGUGAAGGUGCUCGGCAGAACGAGGAAGACUUUAACUUUGAAUAAUGAUUCGCCAGUCGUCGUGCAUUUCAGAGCCUCGGUGUUAAACCGCGACGGCAGAUGGCAGAUCCAGCCCACCGAGGGACAUAUAGACCCCGAGAGCGACACAGAAUUAUAUCUAACGCUUUAUCUGGUCGAUGCUGAGACGUACGUCAACAAGGCUGUGAUUCAGUUAGAAAGAGUUAAGGACAUUUUUAUCCCCAUGUCAGCAACCGGAGUGGGAACAAGCAUUUUAGUUGGUGACCUAAGAGAUCGAGUACUUCUUGGGCGACAUUUUACGAAUUUUCCACUCGAUUUUAAGGUAGACAUGGAAAAUAAAGGAACGCGCAUGCAUUCUUUAGAAUGGAGCGAACAUUACAAAGCACCCAAGACGCAACCACGAACUCCUGGAUUCUUUAAUCUGGAACCUCGAGUUUUCAAAAUGGCUGCUGGAGAAAAAAUGGAAUUGACAAUAACAGGCGUUUCUCGUAAAGUAACGACUGUUAAGGAAAUAUGGUACUUAGUAGGAAGCGUGGAGGGCGUAAAUAAAAAGGAACUUUUAUUGGAGUGUGAAAUUAUUGCCGAAUUUGUGGAUCCAAAAAUAGAGGUGUCUUCGUCACUCUUAGAGUUACGAUAUGAUUUUGGACCAUACAGCGAGUACUAUAAAUUAACUGACAUAGUAACAAUUAAAAAUGUGUCUAAAUUACCUUUGGAUAUGGAUAUAAAUGUUAAACCUCCAUUUGCAAUUAUCAAAAAGAAGAGUACGUAUAAGGUUGCGCAGGAGGAGGAAGACAUGUGUGCCUGCAUCUGUUACCGAGAGAGCGAUUUAGAUGUAGCGAAUAUCCUCAAAUUUGGAGCACAACAAUCAAAAAUAUUCAUAGACUAUUUAACAACAAAACCGGUAGAGCCAUUAAGAAAGGGCCCGCUAAACUUCUUUCAAGAUAUAAAUAAAAUUAAAAUGGCAUUUAAUUUAACCCAAAAUGUUGACGAGCGUCUAGAAGAUCAAGAAGUUAUGAAGUUACAGAUUUUGUUUGAUACUACAAAACACAUGAAUUUGAAAUCUAGAAUCUAUAGUGAUAUCAUGAGAAUUCAAUUCAAAGGGCAUAAAAAUAAGGAUAAUGUCCGAAUAAUUGGAACAAUAAAUUUUCCCAAUAUAUUAGUUACCUCGCCACGGGUAGACUUUCAAUGUGUUGUAAAUAGUAGCAUCGAGAGCAAAAUAAUACAAGUCCAAAACCUUACACCGCUGCUAGUUUGCUUCAGAUUUAAAUGGAAAAAGUGUGUCAUUACUACUAAUGUCAUGCCUGAAAUACCUGAAGAGCAGAUACCGUGUAAAAGCGAUACCACUUCAUCAUAUUAUUAUGAGACAGAUACGGGGUCUACAAAACCAGGAGAUAAACUUAAAGAGAUUAUGAGUGCCGGAUAUCGCGCUCCAUUACACCCUCCAAAUAGUCCAAAUGAGACAUUGGAAAAAAUCGACCAAAAGUCAUCUGCUUUAACAUCAAACCUUCAGCCCAGCGAGGCAAGUGCCGUUAUCCCUGUACCCGGACAGGUGAAUAUAACUAGUACCAAAAUAAUUCGAAAAAUCGCUCCAAUGAUACCUUUUCCAUACAACACGGAAUUUCCUUGGAUUUGGAAACUCCGUAAAUUGAAUCAUGGCAAUAAAAUAAACACAAACCGAUUGCUAAGAGUAACGCCAUUUAAAGGACUCAUGAAACCCAAUGAUUGUCAAAAUAUUCACAUCACAUUUAUACCAAGUCGGAAUGUAAAUGUUAAAGCUGUACUGGAAUGCGAAGUGUUAGGAGGACCAUCGGAGUUUAUCAGUGUCACAGGCCAAGCUUCAGACUUAAAAUACAAUAUCAAUAGUCAAAAGUUGAAUUUCAAAAUCCGAUCUUUCCAUGACAAUCAAACUGAGUUAUUGAUUUUAACUAAUACUGCACGAUUGAGUUUUGAAUAUAAGACGUAUUUGAAUGAACCAAAGUACGAGACUGAGCUCAACGGUACAAUACUAGAUUUGUUGCCUUCAGAAAGCACGUUACAGUCCCAGGAGAAGAAAGAGAUAAACGUUGUGGUUCGGCCUGGUGUGCUAGGUUACUUUCACAGCGUGUUUUUGUUGGAGGUAGGGCAUCUACCACACAUCCCCAUUGAAGUGUUUGGCUGGGGGGUGAUUCCUCAGGUGUAUCUUUCAUUACCGAGGCCAGACAUUGUGAAUCUACAACCUGAAACAGGUUAUUUGGCCAUCCCAACUUUGACUGAGGAAUACUUAGGUGCUGUACGCGAAAUAUUCCGUCGCACCAUCAUCACUAAAGAUCACGUAAAUACACCUAUGACGGACGACUGUUUUAACGAUCCUGAUUUGCAACAGGAUUGGCACAUUUGCUCGGAUUGGGAUGGUUAUCCUUCGAAUAUGGAUAUUGACUUAGCAGUUGAGAGAAUGCUGGUGAUCGAGCACAUUAAAUUGCGCCCAGAAAUAUUAGUGGCAUAUUCCACAAAAACAAAGAUAGGUCCUAUUCCUGGAUUUAUAACAACACCGUACGUCGUCGAUUUCGGAGUUGUUAUUACGGGUAGUACGGUUCAAUGCGUAGUAGAAGUAAUCAACUACGGCCCAAUAGACACGAAGCUGCAUUUAGCCAAACCGGUAAACUUGCCAAGUUGGCUGGGUUUGAAGUUGUGCGGCAAGCUGAACCCGGGCGAUAGUGGCAAAAUGGAAGUCACUUUCUCACCCACCUUACAAUAUUUCGAUGAAUUGGAACAAGAUGUUGAAAUUACUUUUAAAUUAGAGGUACUUUAUGGAAUCACAAUUCCCAUUAAAAUGAAAGCACUUUGUGCUGUCCCUUACUUGGCAGCAAACGUCGAGGCCAUAGACUUUGGGUCAGUAAGAUGUGGUGACAAAAUAAUUAACACAAUAUCUUUAAAGAAUGUGGGCAAACCAACAUGUAUCUGGUACGUCACAUUGAAACUUAAAGUUCAAGGACAUAAUCCUAUGACGGUGCUGCAUAAUUCUGGAAAAUUUGGUCCCGAUGAGGGUGGAUGGCUCAGUAUAGCUUUUAAACCAGUCACGGAAAUGGUAUAUGAAGGCAUGUUAUUAUUUCGGUUCCACAUGAAUCCCAGGAAAAUGGCAAUACCAGUAAGAGGGGUGGGCAUAAUACCCCAAGUCCAUGUCAUCGGCGGCAAGGUUGCGUUUCCUCCAACGCUGCCGUGGGCAGCAACUACUGACAACUACUUCGGCUUGACUAACCCCUGCCCGUUUCCUAUAGAACUUAUAUUCGCACAUAGUGAUCAAAUCUGGACUAUGGAGGAAGAAAUGUAUCAAUUGUUAUAUAGAUACUAUAACAAACCGGAAGAAAUGCUUGUUCCUGUAAUAACGCCAGGCGCUGGCAUGCACUUCGAAAUACUUGAUUUCUAUCAACAGUUUAAAGAACGCGUUAGAAGUCAAAUGGAGGCGGAAGCAAUUGCUAGAGGAAAAGCAGCAAUUGCUGCGACUAAGAAGCCCCCUAAAACGCCAAAAACAGGAAAACAAAAUAUGUCGCCCAAACAGGCCGCAGAUAUUGUCCAAAAAAAAUUUAGAUCUGAAGCCGAAAUUGUGGCAGAUGAAAUAAAAGCAUUAAAAGAUAAGGGCAGAGAUCCACUUAAAGAAUGUUUGACAGCAUUGGAUUACAGUCCUCGUAACGAAAACGAAGUACUAUCCAAAGGACUCAUUGUUUUUGUUUAUGGCUCUCCGGGUGAAGAAGAACAAGCACAAGAAAUUGCGUACACGAUUGGCAUGAGAUUAGGCAUACCGACAGUUAACAUUGACAUGUGUAUGGUAGAAGCAUUAUGCUGUCUUGAUACUGAAGCAAAAGUAGUAAUUAAAAGUGCUAUGGACGAAGCAUACGAUAUACAUAAAAGAAGUGCGAAAGACGAUGAAAUACUUAACGAAGGUGCAGACUUAGGUGGUGAAACGGAAGAUGAAUUUAAAAUUAUGUUAACAAAGUUUCGAGCCUUAACGAACAGUAAAAACAUGAGUACACCUCGGUCAAAGGCUCUUGAUAAAAAAAGGGGCGGAGCGGAAGCAAUGGGAUCUACGACGAUGUUUCAACAGGACUUAACACUAGAGCUGCUGGCAGACUUUUUUGCUCUGCCGAAAUUCAAUCGAGGGUUUGUCGUAGACUCAUUAAAGAGUUUUACAUUCAACCAGCCAUCGAUAGCGCUUACAACAGUUAUUAAAAGCAAGCGCUGCAUACAGAAUAUACACUUGAUACUAUGUCAAUCAGAAUUUAGCAAUUGGGCGCACGCAUAUGAAGAAACUCUACAUGAAAAUGAAUUGAUGGAAGAACCAGUGGAUAAAGUAUAUGAGGAGGCGGAGAUAGUCGAGAUCGUAAAAGAAAUUGAUGAAAUGGAUGGCGAGGAUUAUGAAAAUUUAACUCCGGAGUUUAGAUCUCUAUAUAUCGCCAAUGCUUUGGAAGCAAGAAGGAAAAAAUUUUUGGAGAAGACUGGGUAUACCAACCGCUUAAAUGAGUCCUCGCCUGUAGUAUCCCAUCGGUCUAUAGUAAAUAACUAUACAGCUACGGCAUCCUUGGAGUCGGUAGUUGGCGUAAAAAGUUCAGUUGAACACAAAAAACCAAAAAAAGAUGAAAAGGGUACGAAAAAUACAAGCGAAUACACGGAAAUGCUUAUGAAAUACAAUGAGUAUUACAAAUCGACAUAUGAUAGUUUACUUACUAUUGCCAACAAUUGGUCAUUCGAAGAAGGUGCCGUUGGAUUACCAUUGUAUGGUAUAAACGGUCAUCUAUUGCCUACAGUGCAGAAAAAAACAAAGGUGAAGUCCGAAACACAUAUGACACAGUCUAUUAUGGAUGACAACGCAGUUCAAAGAGGAUUUCCAUUAACUCUGGUAAUGUGUCCCUGUCUACAUUACAAAGAAGCAUUGGUGAACAUGUUUAAAAAUAUGCCUGUGGUUCGUGAAGCAUUAAACGAUCGGGAUAGUGAUGACGAAGACAUUCUUCAAUGUUCGAUGAAAAGGAAAGAAUUUACAGUACUGCUACCAAAAACUAUGCCUUACAUUCAUCAUGAACUACCCCUAAAGUGGUGCUUUUUGGACGAAUUACCGGUCAAGAAAUGUGAAUGUAAUCAAAUUACCGACAUAAAUCUUUUGGAUGAUACGACUCAAGAGAAUGUUAUAAAUAUCUUGACAAAAUGGCACUGUAUGUGUGGUAAAAAGGUGCAUUCAUCGUCGACUUCGACUAGUGCAGUUCCUGCUCCGUUUGAGACCCGUGACAACUUCAGUCUGGAAAAAAGUGAAGAGUACUACACUAGCCCAUUGCCAUUGUAUAGCUUGAACACUGUUCCAGUUGUAAACAUGUGUUUGUGUUAUAUUUUAGCUGCCGGUAAACGCAUAGUAUUGGAGCCAGGUGAUCUGGUGCGGUGCAAGUAUUCGUUCAGCCCACAAUGGGAAGGCCACUUCAGCGUGAAGCGGUUCGUGGAGGUCAGCGGGUGGCCGGAGUCGAGGGUCGAUAUUCACGUGACUGGCAUUUGCGACUUGCCGAGAAUCGACAGCAGACCUAAGAAAAUGUUUGCAAAUUUUGUUAGAAGAGCAAACUUUGAAGACAACGUGUAUAAAAUCACCUAUUUAGAUGACCUUGAUUUAUUUGAGUUCGGACCAAUUUUUGUUGGACAAAACAGAAUAUAUGAAGAAGAAUACACAAUUGAUUUAAAGAAUUCUUCAUUGAUCACUGCGGACAUUGUAAUUGAAUUUUCUGAACAGACCAACGUAUUCGAUCUGGAUAAAACUUAUAUAAGUCUCGAACCCGGCUGCCGCGGGAAGCUGACGGUGACAGCAGCUCCGACGGAGGUGGGUGUUCAUCAGAGCUUGCUGCUCUUCUGUGUGAAGGACAACCCUGAAAUCGUCACCGUGCUCAUCCAGUGCAGCGGCGUCGUGCCCAUCUUGGAAAUAUUGCCGUUGACUAAGAAUAUUGAUUACGGGAAGCUUUUAUUAUAUCGGCGAGAAGAUGAUAGAUUUAUUGUUAAAAAUGACUCAAUUUUGCCAAUAAUGUGGAAAGUGCGAAAUGCUGAAGAGUUUGCAGAAGACUUCAUAAUUUCUCACGCAUCAGGGAUCGUGCCCAGAUAUGACAACCAAGUGGUUCCAAUAACUUACAUCGCGUGUAGAGUCGGUGUUAUUUCACACAUGGUGUUGAUCAUAGACAUAUACGACGCUGAGGGACGCGGCGAUCCCAUGGUGGUUGACCAGUUGGUACUGUCGGCGGAAUGCUACGACGUGAUGGUCGAGUGCGCCUACGAGAACCCGGACGACACCUGCCUCAACUACGGCAACGUCAAAGUUAACUCCACCUACUCUAAAUCGGUGUUUUUACUCAACCGCGGCAAAUAUAACAUUUACUACAAGUUGAAGAAAGUGAAGAAUUUCCCACAGCCAUCUCUGCUAAAAUCCUUCGAGGUGGUAAAUGAAAGCGGGGUUAUCCCAGUGAAUAUGAAGUUAGUGGCCAUCGAGUUCACCUGCACUCCCACCACUUCCAUGAACCUGUUGAACGUGCCGGUCUACACGUGUUCGCUGCUCGACGGCUCUAACAAACAAGUCGUGGUUGCAAAGUUCCCUGUUUGCAUCACUCUUGCAUCUUUCUAUAAUACAUUUACUCUGUUUCCACUGGGCGAGCUCAAUUUCAAUAUUAUCCCUAUUGGCACUGCUAUUAUGAAGGACGUGAUAUUAAAUAACACUAGUAAAUGUCCAGUUACUUAUGAGAUUGUGCUGCCAGAGAAGUACCAAAUAACUGACGACGCUGUAACGGUGAAGUUAAAAGAUAACAAGCUUAAAAACCCUCCAAUGAAAUGCGGCAACUAUUUAAUAUUGAAUGAAGAUAACUUGAUUGCCCCUGGAACUAGUCGAACAAUUCAAAUACAGUUUUACGCCAGCGGGCCAGGGGUGUUCAAAGAAACCAUUCAUUUUAUAAUAAGUGAUACGUGUCCAGCUGAGGCUUGUGGAGUACCACUUAGCCUUAUCGGCAUUGGAGCCAUGCCAACUUUAGAUUUUUGGAACAUUGAAAACACGUUCCGUGAACAAUUAAUUCUGAAAAGCCUGUCGGAUUAUAAAGUACCAGAGACAUCUCCGCAUUGCGUUUUUGAGGAAAAUUCAGUGACUCUUCACUUUUUCUGUGUGAACGUGAAUACAACGUUGACGGGACAGAUCGACCUUUACAACAAUGGAUUGGUGCCCAGUGCACUUACCAUAAAGCUUAUUCACGAACAGAAUGCCGAGGAAGGCAUCUUCUCUUUGGAUAAAUAUGAGACGGUCAUAGAACCUUUACAACACAAAUGUCUGCGAAUCAUGUUUAGCCCUAAAGCUUUAAAGGAGUAUCGAGCCAUUUUAGAAAUCAAGUUGAUGCUCCUUAACAACCAGCAACAGUCAUUUAGGGUGUGCCUGAUGGGAGAAGGCGUAAUCCCGCGUAUAAAAAUGAUUUCGCCUCCGACAAGACAGUACAAAUGCUCGCUACUCCAAAUUCCCGUCACUUGCCUCGGCUCCGUCAGCAGUCGCGAAAUUCGAUUUAAGAAUAUAUGUUCAGUAAAUAGCAUUGUAAUAAUGAAAAUACUCCAGUCAACAAUCGAAGAGAGGAAUGUAUUUUGGUUGUCAGCGGCUGCCAUUUCGGAAAAUAAUGUUAUUAAAAGUAGCAAACAUAAUAACAACAUGCGUAUUAAGUUACGAUUGAAACCCGGUGAACGAGCAGGCGUUGUUGUUCACUACAACCCCGUCAAAAGAGGGCGGACAAGUUUCGAAAUUCAUGUAACCAUUGUUGACAACCCUUACGAGUAUUUCACGGUGUUUUGUGAAGCUGAAGGAUUUAUGGAAGACGUAAUCUUGAUUGGACUUGAAAUGUUAUCAAUGGAUGUCGACUUGGGUACAAUACCGACUAUUACAGACACGGAGUCAACUGCCUCGAUCUUCGAUAGCAAACAGAGAGUUGAUAAGAAAAAUGACACUAAAUCCACUGACUCGAAAAAAAACAAGUCAUUUACCAGCACGGCGGGCAUCAGAAACGACCCGGCUUCUCUAAAAUAUGUUUUAGACUUCGGAGGGUGUGAAUUGAAUUUAAUGCAAAAAAGAUCGGUCAUCAUGGUUAAUAACUCGGAUAAAGUUUACAAAUUCAAAUGGGAAGCAGCCCAACACUUGUUUGUUAAACCAUCAGUAGGAUACAUUUCACCGGCAGAAGAAAAGGACUUAGAAAUGGUGUUUUUCUCGAGUCAACCUAUCGCAGUGAAAAAGGAACUUGUGAUCUGCAGUUUGUCGGCUGUCAGCGACAACUCCCUAACACUGGACACCAAGGUACCCACAUGGGACAGCAGGCAAACGGUCACCACGUUUGACCAUAAUUGUGAAACGUCUGUAGUUGAAAGAGCUGAGCAAGUUAUAAAUGCACAGGUUAUUGAAGCUCCUCUGGCACCCAUGGGUACUGUUAAAAUGAUAAUAAUGUAUUCUGUUACGACACAGUAUACUAAAUUUACACACAAUUUGAAGGAGGAAAUUUUACUAAAAGAUACGUUUAUAUACCAGAAAAGAGAAUUCGACUUUAAAGUGACAAACAGUGGUAAAGUGCCGAUGAAAAUUGCGUGGAGUUUCCAAAUUGACGAAGAUUUCCCCACGACCAUCGACAAAAACUUAAAAAAAAAGAAAGGCAAGGACAAUAAGAACAGCGUGGGUGGUAAGGAAACAGAUGCUGCUCAUACUAAAGGCUCCAGCAAAGAGACUUUGUUUAGUGAAAGUUUGGAGAGAUGCAGUGUAGAUACCUGGUUCGAAGUCAAUUUACCUUUCAAAAUAGAACCAACCAAGGAAUGCCUCCAGCCCUCGGAAAGUGUGGUUUUCACAGUUACCUUUUCACCUCUUGAUGCUUUCGAGUACAAAGUUUUACUGAAAAGUUACAUUGAUAAUUUAGAUCCACAUGAUAAGAACAUACAGUGCAGGAUCGUAGCAAAGUCUCUGGUGCCAUAUUGCCACCUGGAUAUAGAAGAAAGCGAUUACUUGACAAAAAGAAGGAAAAAAGAGACUGGAGUUGCUUUGCCGGAAUCCGUCACUGUUAUGGAAUACAAUGUGCUUGGACCAGGCUGCUAUAAAAAGUCAUUCAAUGUUAUAAAUCCUACAAACCACGGAUAUGAGUUCACAUUCGAAAUGGUGGUUGACAAGCCAACCCUCGUACCUUUCCACUGCAAUACGAUGACAGGAUACGUGGAAGGCGGUACCUCUUGUGAGGUUACAUUUAUCUUCGCUCCCAAUGCUAUAGGGGUUUAUGAAUCUCUGUGGAAAUUUUCGAUAUUUCAAUGCAAUGUACAUAUCCACUUACUGAUGGUUGGCAUGGUCAGAGAACCCGACGUAGUGUUCGUGCCCACCAUUUUAAUAGUAAGGAACUCUUUAGUUGGGUUUAGUCUCACUGACACUGUGAUGUUGACAAAUAAUGAGAAUGAAUCCCUAGAAUUCGAGUUUAAAGGUAACUCGUUGUUGAAUGAGGCCGGUAAAACACCCGUGAUUAUGGAGCCGGAGAGGGGAAUACUGAAGCCUCGUUCGGCGACGCAGAUCAAGUUUAUUUACACCCCGGUUGAUGAAGGGCCCUUGUCAUUCAAGAUAUUUUGUGCCAUCAGUUAUUUAACAAGGCCUUUGACUUUGUGCGUCAAUGCUCUAAGUCUCUCAAUAAGACCAAAAGUUACAUACUUUUUAAUUGGAAACGAGCAUGUACUUGAUAGCAAGGCUAUCACAAAUAUACAUUUGGAUCAGACUGCAUCAACAUACACAAGAACAUUGACGUUUUUGAUAACGAAUGAGGGUUCAUCGACGUUCUUCUACGAAUGGUGCUACAACAGCUCGGCGGUUAAAAAGUACCUGACAGUGACGGUUGAGCCGCGGAGGGGGCACGUGGCGCCCGCGAACCAGGCGGAGUGUACCCUCAGCUUCACUCUCAAAACUGUGCCGGUGCAAGCCUUUCCUGUCUCCCUAUAUAUUACGGACGGACCGGAGUACAGUAUACUCCUCCACUCAGAAAUUGAAAAACCAAUGUAUCAUUUCUCCUGCAAGAAUUUAGAUUUUGGACCAUGCAUAAUAAACCCGCCGGACAACACUUACAAGAAAAUCGUGACUUUUGUGAACAAUGACAAAGUUCCUAUUCUCCUGGCCUUGGAUUUUGAAACUAAGCCUGAGCUCUUCGUGGCCUACAAGUCCGUGCCUACAAUCCAGCCCAAAGAGAAGGUUAAAGUGAAAAUAUACUUCCGACCGAAGCUACCGAAACUGUAUGAGUUCCAGAUAAAGUUCUGGGUCAAUUCGCUUUGCGAAGAAAUCAUUACUGUCAAAGGAGAAGGUGUAAAGUGCCUUUUCGAUUUAAACGAAGGGUGCGAAAAACAUUACACACUGGGAUCAGUAAAAGUGGGUUCUAAGUUAAUUCGUGAGAUAGCGGUGAUGAACCACAGCAAAGUGGCCCUAGAUGCCACUUUUAUAUUCAAGGAGGCACACCCCUUGACAGAGACAGAGGACCCGCUUCCGUCGGGCGCGACUAGCAUGUGUCUCGAUCCCGGUGUCGCUGGUGCGGUUAUGGACGCGGGACCUUCGAGAACUCAUAUGGUGAAAAAAUACAACGAGGACAAGGUCCGGAACCAAGCCGCAAGUGACGUUGUAAAUGCACUAGCGUCGUUAAAGGUCAUGCCCAAAGAAUGCAAAAUACUGCCUUACAGGAAAGUCCCUUUGAAGAUUCAAUUUAAACCUGUCGACAUGAUUACACAUUUUAACGUACAGGUGAACAUGAGGGUGCUAAACAUCGAGCGGACGCUAGUGCAGUUGAGCGGCAGCGCCACCGGCAUGAGCCUGGCUCUCAGCCAAGACUCGCUGCAGUUCGGCCGCGUGCGCAUCCAGGCGUGCAAAAUGCUGAAGGUCAUGCUGUUGAAUCAAGGGGACUUCGGGGCCAGAUUUUGGUGGCAGCCCUUGAUGUCUGACGAGUUUAAAAUUUCGCCGAUGCAGGGCCACAUCGCGGCACGCACUAACGUGACCUUCACUAUUACCUACAGGCCAAAAAGCCAGAAUCCGUUUGUCAAAUUAUGGGCGUGUUGCAACAUUGAGAACUACAAGCCACAGACACUAGCCCUGUACGCCGCCUGCUUGGAAACGGGCGAAGUGGCGGCCAAGACCAUGUUCAUUGAGUGUCCGGUGCGGGAGGUCGCGACUAGCUACGAGCGGGUUACGAACCCAACUGACGGAACAUGGCUGGUGCUAUCCGAGUUGCCUCCCGGACCAUUCUCCACGUUAGCCCAGUGUAGCAUCGAACCUAAUUCGGUUUUCGACAUACCGAUCUAUUUCAGGCCGAAAACUAUGGGGAGACACGAGAACAAAGUGUUAUUUACAAAUUUGGGCGAGGGCGCACUCUUUAUAAGUCUAUUCGGGGUAGCGAUGCCGCCGAAGCCUAACGGAUUAAUACAAAUCAAUGUGGCGGCCAAGGCGUUUCACACCGAACUAUUGAAGGUUCAUCAUAUCACCGAGUGUCCAGAAUCAUAUGUAGUGUCGACGGAGGUAGUGAAGGUGAUGCCCGAGAAGUUCGACUCUUUCUACGAGAUCAAGCACCCAGAGACCGUAAAGGUGUGGGGCGAGACGUACGCCACGUGCCGCUGGGACUACAGGUGUUAUGGCGAGUGCGAGAUGCACAUGAAAGUGACGUUCGUAAACAAGGUCACACGCGAGUACCAGUUCUACGAGAUCGUAGCCACCGUCACCCCAAGCAAGAUCGUGGACACGAUCACGAUAACGUCAAAGGCGCGCGAGACGGUCCAGCGGGAAAUCAUUGUGCUCAACCCGUUAUCCGUGACGGUUUCCUUCUCAGUGCACUCCGAGCAUCUGGACUGUCCCAAGAGUAUUGAAAUAGGAAGAGAAUCACAGGCGCCACUCUUAUUGUCCUACUCGCCAUUGGUAGUCGGCGAAAGCGAGGAAUACUUGGAGAUUUCCAACCCUUACGUCGGAACAUACACGUACAAGAUGAUACUGAAAUGUCUGCCAGCCAAGGCGAAGGAGCUAGAGAUAAGCACGCCGAUCGGCACGCGGGUCCCCAUGAGGCUUCGAGUACAGAACGGGAGUCACGUCAGAGCGGUCUUUAUAAGCGAAGUUACCCAUCCAUCAAUCACGACUGACAGAGAGUAUGCCCUGGGUCCGCUCGAAAAGGGCAAGUUCCUCGUGUGGUUCGAGCCAGUCGAAGUCGGGCUUCAACAAUGCACGGUAUCAUUCAAUUCGCCGGACGCCGGCGAAUUCGUGUAUCACAUAAAGGGAAGGGCAAACGUAGCAAAGCCACAGGGACCCUUUGAAAUUAAGGCGGGUGGUUUCACAGCGAUAUGGUUUAAAAACGUAUUCAUGGACAACAGAACGUUUAGGUUAACAAUCGAUAAACAGGAAUUUUACGUUAAAAAUCCUUUCGAAAGUAUACCAUCUAAAAAGGAGUUGAAGGUGUUAGUGUACCUGAGCGAUAAGUGGGUGGGCGGCACGCCGACCGGCUGCCUCACGAUCGAGAGCCUCGACCCGCCGGAGCCGCGCGCUCAGUGGACUUACUUCCUGCAAGGAAUCCCGUGACUUUUCUAUUAUUUAUUUAGUUCCCUAUUGUUAUUCUUUAAUUAAUAAAUUUGUAUUCUGCA